AUGGACGCCUUCAUGGAUUAUUAUUUCGAGGAGGUGUUCUGUGACAUGGAUCGCGACAGUUUGAAUGAAAGGUUCAAAAGGCGGGAACUCGUCGAAUAUUUCAACUCUGUUAUAUCUAGAUGUGCAAAAGGAGAAAAUAAAUCAGACAACGCUACUUGUAAGAAUUUCGUGAUUUCGGCUCUCCGGUACCACAAAAAUUGCAAAUCAAGCAAUGGUGACAUCUGCCUCAUGGGGAAGUAUCACAACUUGCUAUACAUCGCGAUGAAACUUGCUUUCGAUUGGAGUCUACAAGAUAAUGGCGUGGUCGCCGCUCUAUUAGAUGAAAUGUACGCUUGCGAAGGAACUUUCGAGAGAAUUUUUCUAGGUGCAAUAUUCGGCACGUCUGCCCCCUAUUUCCUGGCGGGCUGGAAGUCUGACUUCAUGGAUCGCGAGGAGAACGUGCACGCGCUCGUUUUCUUCCUCGACCACGCGACCAACGCUAACCUAGAGUUCACGGAAGGCGGCAAAGUAUACCGCUUCAUAGAUGUGCCCCUAGAGAGCUGCGGCAAAGCCUCCCCGGUCAGAGUGGUCAUACAAAUGGGCGUCUCUGAGAUUCUGAUGAUUCUCCUCAGAUUCGGGGCGAGGAUAGCCUCAGACCACGUGUCCACGGACCCGGUGGAGUCAAUCUUGGACAGGCUCAAGGAGUACAACAGGAAGUAUCCAUACGAGCUGGUCACGUGUUUGAAACUCGCGCUGAGGGCGGUGCCAACGUUGAAUCUGACGGUCGACAAGGCCGCAUUAAAACAUUUGGAGCUGCCGGAUGAUUAUAAUUACCAACGCAAGAUUGCUUUAGAGAAGUACGGGGAGAUUUUGGAGGACCAUCUGAUACCGAGCUCCCGAUGCGGCCUAAGACCGGUGGAGUUAAAGCACCUAUGCCGGUGUCUGAUACGGCAGCAGCUGUGGUCGAAUUUCGAACUGCCGUUCGGCAUACAAAAGUUGCCUAUACCCUCGACUCUAAAGAAAUACCUGGACUUGUUAGAUGAU